AUGGAGUCGGUGGCGCAGGUCGGUGGCGCAGGCGAUGACGGUAUCGAUGUGUCGGCCGUCUGGCAUCGCCCUGACGCUGCCGCUGCCGCCGAUAGUUGCGGCGAUCCGGUCCAUGUGUGGGCACAGUGCAAAGCGCUGGCCACCAAGGCCUCAACCGUCCACAUUCGCGAACUGGAAGGCGUCCUGCUCCGUGUUGCUCAGCGGCUGCCACACGAGCACCACCUCGGCAUGCUCAUCUCGUCGGCGGGCUUCUCGGAUCCAUGCCUCUCCUACUUUCACGCCUCGUCCUCAUCAGCCAUGAUGGCGCUCACACUAGGCUACGAUGACGAGCUUGUCGAGGCCCACAUCAACCGCCAGGCCCGUGCCGUCUUUCCCGAUCUUGUCUUUGCCUCGCUCCUUGAUCCCCAGCGCCGACGCCUCCUCGCCAUGGUCUAUUACGGCGUCGUCCUCGACACAUCGCUCUCACCAGACGUGUAG